AUGGCUACCACGCUCAAGCUGUUCUCCCUCGAGGGCAAGGGCCUCAAGCUCGACACAGCCGAAGACCUGGAGGCUCACAUCGCCGACCUGCGUGCCAACGAUGUCGAGGAGGUCAAGGUGCUUGGCAACACAUUCGGUAUCGGUGCUUGCAAGCUUCUCGGUGAAGUUUUGGCCGAGAAGAAGAACCUCCAGUCCGCCGACCUGUCCGACAUGUUCACGGGACGCCUCCUGAGCGAGAUUCCCGAAGCCCUGUCCUCCCUCCUGACGUCGAUCACGAACCUCCCGAACCUCCGCACGAUUAACCUCAACGACAACGCCUUUGGCCUCAACACACAGGCACCCCUCGUCGCCUUCCUCGCGGCCCACGUCCCUCUCCAGCACCUCUACCUCAACAACAACGGCCUGGCAAGCAGGCCUGGGCCAAGGCCUUCCGGCUGCACAACAAGAUCAAGGUCAUCAAGAUGGUGCAGAACGGCAUCCGCCAGGAGGGCGUCUGGCACCUUUCUCAGCGAGGGCCUCGUCCACGCCCAGGGCCUGCGCGUCCUCGACCUCCAGGACAACACCUUUACCGUGCAGGGCGCCCGCGCCCUCGCCGGCGUCGCCCCCGGCUGGGCCGACCUCGUCGAGCUCGGCGUCGGCGACUCGUACCUCACCUCCAAGGGCGGCGUGCUUCUGGCGGGUGCCCUCGCCAAGGGCCGCAACGCCAAGCUCGAGACGCUGCGCCUGCAGUACAACGAGAUCAACGCCAAGGCCCUCCAGGGGCUCGUGCCCGCGGCCAGGGACGCGCUGCCGGCGCUCAAGAGGAUCGAGCUCAACGGCAACAAGUUUGAGGAGGAGGACCCUGCGGUGAUUGCGCUGCGCGAGCUCCUCGAGGAGCGCAAGGAGAAGCUGGGUGGGGAUGUCGUUGUCGAGGACGACUGGGGUCUUGACAGCCUCAGCGACCUCGAGGAGGAGGACUCUGAUGACGAGGAGGUGGACGACGAAGAAGAGGAGGAGGAACUGUCGACGGAGAAGCGGGCCGAGAUUCUGAUCAAGGACGCCGAGGAGGCCCAGGAAGAGCCCGUCGUGCAGGUCAAGGACAAGGAGGUCGAGGCGCUGGCCAAGAAGCUCGAGAAGACGGGCAUCUAG